AUGCGUGUCCCACAACUCCACCUCCCUGCACUCCUCCUUCUCGCAACAACAACGACAACCGCGCUUCCCCUGCCCGCCCUCUCAGUCCCCGUAAACCUCCUCUUCGGUAUCCGUAUCCAAACCAGCACCCCGCCCACCGCCACACCCCCCAAAAUAAUCUUCUCGGGCUUCGAAAUCCCCGUCCCAGUUGCCGCGGAAUCCGGAGUUUUAAUCUCCUGGCUCGGAAAUUACGCAAAUAGUAUUGGCUACAAUACGCAAUUCAACGCGUUUAACCCGGGCGCUCCGCAAAAUGUUACCGCUGAUGCUGGGAUGAGUGUUGAUAGCGCUGCGGCGCUAACAGAUGGACAGCUGGCCCGUGUGGUAGCGACGAGUUAUUCUGAUGGGGAUGCUGUUGGUACUGCGACUAGGGCACUCGGUGGUGUACAAACGAACGCCACGAGCAAUUCCUCAGAGUCUGGUUCAGAUGGCACGGCUGUAGCGUCUUCCUCGGCUCUCGGUCGGGUUUUCAUCGCUACUGCGUCGUCUGCCAAUGUCACCGCAGUGUUAAACACACCCAGCUUCCAAAACGCCAAAGCCGCUGAAGCCGCAGCAGGGUUUUGCGGCGGAAACUCUAGUGUUUCCACCGCUCCUACUUUAAACAGCGCUUACAUCCCCAUCAGCACGACUGCGGAUGGUGGACAGCAGUCGGUUAAGAGCGAAGCCGUUGUGGGUUGUGAGCCUGGUGUUGAGGCGCCGAGGGUGGAUGAGAGUCGUGGUACGGCGAGCUCUGAAGGGGCUGUGUUGACGGAUGUGGAGGGCUGGGUGAGACGAUUACAACAGCUUGCAUGGGAGGCUCGGAUCGCGAGCAGUAUCUUUUUUGCCAUAUACCUUGGUAUAUCCUUUGGAGACGUAGUUGCUGGUGACAGCACCUAUGACGCAGUUGGUAUUCAGCCUUGCAGACGGGAAGGAUCGACACAUCUCGAAUCUACCUUCACACCGGGUAUUCCCUCGUGGAUAACUGUACACCUCUUGAGACCAAAAGCCGAGGCUUUACCAAACAUGCGCCUCCUAGACGCGACGACACUAGAAUUUCGGACGUUCACCGAUGAUCAGUUCCCACCUUACGUUAUACUGUCCCACACCUGGGGCGAUGAAGAGGUCACCUAUCAAGAGAUGCGUUUCUUGCAGCAGUUCGAUGCUUUACCUGACAACUUGAAGCACAACACAGCUCUGAUUGCCGCUAUGGAAGCAGCGGCUGGACUAAAAGUUUCUCUGCGAAGCAGUGAAAUUGUCAAACAUCGUUCGGGUUACAGGAAGAUUAGUAGCAGUGCAGAGCUACAGGAAGCCAUUAAUUCCAUGUUCACAUGGUACAAAAGGUCCAAUUUUUGUGUAGUGUAUCUGGAGUCGGUCGAUCGACUGUGCCGAAGCGGAGAAGAAUUUCAGACAGCUCUUCAAGACUCAAAAUGGACUUGGCGAGGCUGGACUUUACAAGAGCUCAUCGCACCAAUAUCGGUCAAGUUUUAUAAUGGAGAUUGGGUUUACAUCUGCACGAAAGACGAGUGGGCACGCCACAUAGCUGCAGUAACUGGCAUUUCGGAAAUCAUCCUGCUCACAGGCGACUUGGAUGAUGCUUCAGUCGCGCAAAAGAUGUCUUGGGCGGCCACUCGACAGACGACUCGGAAGGAGGACAAGGCCUACAGUCUGAUGGGUCUGUUUGGCAUACAUGUGCCUAUGCUCUAUGGCGAAGGCGACAACGCAUUCUUGCGAUUACAAGAGGAGAUCAUAAGGACAUGUCUUGACGAUUCAAUAUUUGCGUGGAGAUCUCCUCAAGGGUCAGUGAAUAGCCACCGUGGCUUGCUGGCAAACUCACCAGAAGAUUUCAAGGACUUCAAAAACAUCACACGCGGAUGUGGAUCGUUCGCCGGAACAAACUAG